CUACCUAUUGGGACUUCUAGGGUUUGGUGUCGUUCUUAGUCUUUCGAUCUGAUUGGAGCUCUAGCGGUGGCGAUGGCUGCGGCGACGGUGGAAUCGGUGCAGUGCUUCGGGCGGAAGAAGACGGCGGUAGCGGUGGCGCACUGCAAGCGCGGGCGCGGGCUGAUCAAGGUGAAUGGGGUGCCUAUCGAGCUGGUGAAGCCGGAGAUCCUCCGCCUCAAGGCCUUCGAGCCCGUCCUCCUUCUCGGGCGGCAGCGCUUCAUGGGUGUCGACCUCCGCAUCCGCGUGCGCGGUGGUGGCAAGACCUCCCAGAUAUACGCCAUCCGCCAGAGCAUCGCCAAGGCUAUCGUAGCUUUCAAUCAGAAGUACGUUGAUGAGCAGUCCAAGAAGGAGAUCAAAGACAUCCUUGUCCGCUAUGACCGUACACUCCUCGUUGCCGAUCCCCGCCGCUGCGAGCCCAAGAAGUUCGGUGGCCGGGGCGCUCGUGCCCGCUUCCAGAAGUCUUACCGUUAGAUCAUUGGGGGUAAAAGAAGUUGCACCUUGUCUAAAUUUGAGGCUAUAAAAGUUGGUUCAAGCACAAAUCUCUUGAGAGCUAUCUUGAGAGCAGGUGUAUCAGACUCUUCUGUUGAAGAGCUUAUAAAGGCUUCUUAUUUUCUACAGGCAAGUGCACAUUGUACCUUUAUGAUGAAAGUAUCAUCAUCUAUGCCCUUGAAACAAAAUAUUACUUCUGAAUUUACCAUGAUAACCUUGAUUCCACCAAAUGUAAUCAUGUUUACGAUAUAUAUAUAUAUAUAUAUAUAUAUAUAUAUAUAUAUAUAUAUGUUGUCACUUGUGAAUGCAAUUUGGCUUAGUAUGCAGGUGGUGAUUUGGAGGCAAGUAGGAAUUAAGAAAAGGGGAAAGGAACUCACACUAGAGGAAAAAUGUACGUACGCCCUACACUUGGCACUUGAUGGGUUCGUCCAAUCAUGUGGUCGACCUCUCGCACGUAGCGUCGGCGACUGGCACGUGACUUCCCAUCCCCCACAGCGCGAGGUGUCGCCGCCCCUUACGGCGUCAGCCGCCUUGAGGACAUUCCGUUCGUGGAGCUCCUCACCACUUUCGUGGCGCGUCCUUCGCGCGGGCUGGGACGACGCGUGCAUGACCCGACGUGUCUGGACGCUCCGCCACCCGCAUACGACCCCCAGUCCUCGUCCGUUGGAUCGCAGGCCGCACGAAGAUCUCGCAUGCGGAUGUCUGCGAAGGCCAAUGAAACGCCUCCGCGUGGCGGGUCUCUUCUCUAUAAAUAACGACCCAGAGCGAUAUCGCUUCUGCCCCUAACGGAUUCAGGCCGAGCGAAGCCCUUCGUUUGUAGAGAAGUUUAAGGUGAAGGAGGGGAACGGCUCUCUGCAAAAUAUGUUUAUAGAGAAGUUUAAGGUGGAGAGCCCCAACGUGCGGUACGCGGAGGACGAGAUCGAGGCGGUGUACCA